GGGUCCCAGCCACUUGAUCCAAGCUGCUUGAUCCCUACCUGGCAACAUGUGAAGCAACAGGGUUUAGAAGCCAAUCUGACCUGUACAAACUCCGCCAGCUGUUGUAGGCAGAGGACUUACGGACACACUCAGCCUGGACCUGGAGUCUGUUGGUUUGUCUGAUGGACAGGUGGCCUGAUGGAACUAAACAGUUGCUGUUAUCUUGUGAGGAGUGAGUUCAAAGAGCCACUGGCUGGGCUUACGGACAAUGAAACUCCCCAGGAUCUGGUCAGCAGGACAAGAGAGAAACCAUGGCUCUGUGGUUAAAGAGUUGUCAGAUGUUUUCCGUUUCACAAGAGUUUUAAACCUUUCGUUUACAAAAUUCUCAUUGAAGUGGCAAAAUCUAAAAUCCAGAACAUGAAUUUUGAGCAUAAUUGGGUUUGUUCCUGGCCUGAUGAAACAUGUACCCAUUUUGCAAGAAAUCUAAGACACUCUGGGCUCUGUCCUUUGGCCACAUUGUUGCUCCUCAAAUGCUAAUUGCCCAAAGAUCAGUUAUGCAGAGGGGGCAUUUGCCUACAGAGUAUUUUGUAACUUUCUAGUCAUAACUACCUCGACAGGAGAGCCCCUCCUGUUGGUGAUAGGUCGUGUCUACACUGAAGCACUACAGGGGCACAGCUGCACCGGUGCCGUUGUAGCCUUUCAAGUGUAGACAAGCCCCCAAUCACUAUCUCCAACCCCAAAACUUUAACAAGCACCUAGCUGUGUUAAGGCAAAAGGAACUUGUCAAGUGCAUGGGCCAUGUGACAGUCAGAGGAGCUGAGCUCUUGAAAUAAACGCAUAUGAGGUCACUGGUAAGGUUUUGCAUUAGGGUGCAAGUUUGAUGACAUUGGGUACACAGUGCUUUUGGUUGUUUAGAAACGGAAGUGGAAGCCUGAAAGGCUGAAAUGCGUAACUCCCAGCUCUACAGCAAUACAAACAUGGACAGGAAUGCCAAAGUCUUUCCUCUUAGCUUUUUAUUUCCAUGUGUUAACAGUUUUGGAUGGAGGCAUGUGUUGGGGUGUAACCUUGGCUGCCACUGUUCUUGCUAAUUGUGUCUAGCUCUGCCAUACCAAGAGGGCUCAGUAGAGAUCAGGGCCCAGUUGUGCUGGGAGCUGUACAAAUACCAAAUAAGAGACUGCCCCUGCUGUGAACUGUUUCCAGUCUAAAUAGGGACAAGAGACAUGACAGUUGGGGGUAGGACAAAGUGGAGCUGGUCAGAAAACAGACAUUUUUGCCUAUGAGAAAUUAAAAAAAAAAAAAAUCUUUGUUCAAAAUUUCAGCUGAAAAUUUUCAGGUUUUCCUAGAAGUUUUGAACUUAUUAAAAACAAGAAUUUUCAUUUUGAAUCGUCUUUUUUAUUUGACUUAAAGUAUUGUUUCACUUCAGUUUCCCCCCAAAAAAGCCUGACGCAAGCAAUCCACGUCAAAACAAAACUAACAUUUUCAUUUCAUUUUGAAAUGUUGAUUCAAAAAAUAAAAUAAAACAUCAUCUCAAAUUUGCCUGCAGGAAGGCACACACCUUUCACUGGAAUUUUCCCACAAAGCUUUCUGUUUCAAUUACACAUUGUUCAGCAGCAGGAAAGCUUUCCACACUAAACCUUUCAACCAGAUCUAAGAACAAAGUUAAAACGUUAAGUGGCAUGUGGUGCCACUGGGUGGGUCCAUUUUUUGCGGCUGUUAUUGCUGAGGGGAUCCAUUUUCUGUAAGGUUAGGCUGGGUCACUGGGCAGCAGGGAGUUGGUUUACAGGCUGCCCAGGAUCUGCCAAAUAAGAGAAGGCUGGGAAUAUUGGAGUGUUUAAAAUGAAGGGUUUGAUGGUGGAGAUCCACACACAUUUCAGGACCUCCUUGCGACUGCAGCUGCCAUUUUCCGCCAGGCCCUGCUGUAAUCGGUCAUGAUGAAAGUAUCACCAGACAAAAACAGGAACCCAGCGACCACAGUAAUCAAACCACCGUGCGCUGAGUAAGACACCAGCCACUUCCCCCUUAGUCCUUCCCGAGGGAAGUGAGUUAGCGUACAUAAGAGGAACCUUGCAGCGAAAGAACUAGUUAGAGAGUCUGUUUCAUUGCAAACGCCUACAGGAGAAACCCGGACCCAGUGCUGCCUAGGAAUACAAAGGAAGGAUUUUCCUGGAGAGAGACUCACCUGGAACCGACGUCCCACCAGGCUGCGGGGAGAGGCAGAGCAAUGAGGCUUUUCCCCAUUCUGGGUUGGAUGCUUUUCCCAGGCUGCUGGGCGGUGACGGGCCCCGGGGCAGUGGACGGGCCCCUGGGCGGGUCGGUGGCUGUGCGGUGCCGGUACUCGAGCGGCUCUGAGAAGUAUCCGAAGUUCUGGUGCCGGAAAGGAGGAUUUUGGGAAGGAGGAAGGUGGCGCUGUUCCAACGGGCUUUUCAUCGUGGAGACCAGUGGGUCGGAGGCCGAGGUGAGGCGGGGCAGAGUCUCCAUCCGGGACAAUCACACCGAGCUCGCCUUCACCGUGACCGUGGAGAACCUGACCCGGGCAGACGCCGGCAUGUACCACUGCGGGGUCGGGAGGGAAUGGCUUUAUGAUCCUAGGGCCACCGUGGAACUCACCGUCUCCCCAGCUAAUUAUUCCCCAACCUCAAGAGAAACGUCAUCAUCAGCGACAGUGCAACCAACUGCUUCUUCCCCCUCAAUAUCUACUUCCCUCGGGACAAAUGCUGAGAAAGGGAUAUCCAGCUUCUAUCCAGGGAUAUCCACUAACCAUGACACCACUGCCUCGGACAGGUCCCAAGACUCAGACAUCCUCUUCUACGUCCUGAUACCAUGCGUCCUGCUGGUUCUCAUUUUGUUGCUGCUCGCUGCUGUGAUGUUGGUAAGACUGUCCAAGAAGAGGAAAAAAGCUCUUUCAGGAGCAUCUGUGCAGAAGGACAAGAAAAUCAACCUGUCAAAUUUGGCGGUUGGGAACAAUGCGGCAGGCGGCAGCCCAGAGUAUGCGGUUAUAGAUUCUCCUGCAGCCACUGACCAAACAGGAUUUUACAGCAAUGUUGAGACCCCUCCUAACUCUGACUGCAAUUAUGCGGAAAUCCAGCCCCACUGUCAGGGUUCAGAAGAGGUUUCUUAUGCCAUGGUGACGAUUUCUACCCCUGACCAGCAGCCCAUCUAUGCCAACGUGGAGCAGCGCCCCAAGAAAACAUGCCCAGCCAAGCCCCCUGAGGAAACCCUGUACAGCGCUGUGAAGAAGCCAACCAAACACUAACCCUGGAUAGGAGGCCGAGUGGUGAUGGGGGGCUGCAUGGUCCUUAUCCAAGCUGCUUGAUCCCUACCUGGCAACAUGUGAAGCAACAGGGUUUAGAAGCCAAUCUGACCUGUACAAACUCCGCCAGCUGUUGUAGGCAGAGGACUUACGGACACACUCAGCCUGGACCUGGAGUCUGUUGGUUUGUCUGAUGGACAGGUGGCCUGAUGGAACUAAACAGUUGCUGUUAUCUUGUGAGGAGUGAGUUCAAAGAGCCACUUGCUGGGCUUACGGACAAUGAAACUCCCCAGGAUCUGGUCAGCAGGACAAGAGAGAAACCGUGGCUCUGUGGUUAAAGAGUUGUCAGAUGUUUUCCGUUUCACAAGAGUUUUAAACCUUUCGUUUACAAAAUUCUCAUUGAAGUGGCAAAAUCUAAAAUCCAGAACAUGAACUUUGAGCAUAACUGGAUUUGUUCCUGGCCUGAUGAAACAUGUACCCAUUUUGCAAGAAAUCUAAGACACUCUGGGCUCUGUCCUUUAGCCACAUUGUUGCUCCUCAAAUGCUAAUUGCCCAAAGAUCAGUUAUGCAGAGGGGGCAUUUGCCUACAGAGUAUUUUGUAACUUUCUAGUCAUAACUUCCUCGACAGGAGAACCCCUCCCGUCGGUGAUAGGUCAUGUCUACACUGAAGCACUACAGGGGCACAGCUGCACCGGUGCCGUUGUAGCCUUUCAAGUGGAGACAAGCCCCCAGUCACUAUCUCCAAACACAAAACUUUAACAAGCACCUGGCUGUGUUAAGGCAAAAGGAACUUGCCAAGUGCAUGGGCCAUGUGACAGUCAGAGGAGCUGAGCUCUUGAUAUAAACGCAUAUGAGGUCACUGUUAAGGUUUUGCAUUAGUGUGCAAGUUUGAUGACAUUGGGUACACAUUGCUUUUGGUUGUUUAGAAACGGAAGUGGAAGCCUGAAAGGCUGAAAUGCGUAACUCCCAGCUCUACAGCAAUACAAACAUGGACAGGAAUGCCAAAGUCUUUCCUCUUAGCUUUUUAUUUCCAUGUGUUAACAGUUUUGGAUGGAGGCAUGUGUUGGGGUGUAACCUUGGCUGCCACUGUUCUUGCUAAUUGUGUCUAGCUCUGCCAUACCAAGAGGGCUCAGUAGAGAUCAGGGCCCAGUUGUGCUGGGAGCUGUACAAAUACCAAAUAAGAGACUGCCCCUGCUGUGAACUGUUUCCAGUCUAAAUAGGGACAAGAGACAUGACAGUUGGGGGUAGGACAAAGUGGAGCUGGUCAGAAAACAGACAUUUUUGCCUAUGAGAAAUUAAAAAAAAAAAAAUCUUUGUUCAAAAUUUCAGCUGAAAAUUUUCAGGUUUUCCCAGAAGUUUUGAACUUAUUAAAAACAAGAAUUUUCAUUUUGAA